ACCGUUGCAGGGACAGAUGAACGCGGCUUUUGCUUCCUGGAAAUGGAAUUACUGGAGAAACACGAGGAAAUUUUAGGAAGAAGAGCAGAGCUGCUGGAGCAGAUGGAGGGCCGCAGAGAGCAGCUGAAGGUCCUGAGGAAGCAGCGGAUGAAGGAGUCUGAGGCCGCUCGUCACAGGAAUGCUGCGUUGCUGCAGGAGUUACAGAAGAUAGAGGAUCGUCACAGAGGGAGACAUCUGUCACACCCAAAUGUCCUGGCUCUGGAGACAAGAUACUGGCUGUCUGUGGAAGAGUCCAUCCUAGACUGGGAAAACUUCCUCCUGGGUAAAGGCCCACACCCAACUGAUGGUCCAGGACAGGCGCCCAGGAGAGCCAAACAGAAACCCGGCACAGCUAAAGACCAGGGCCUGCCUCCUCGGCCAAAACCUAGGACUGCUAGAUAGGUGAGAGGUGAUUUGUAUGGCACUGUUGUAGCCUGAAGAAUACCUUUGACAGUAAAGUCACAUGAUGCAAAUAAGCACAAGUCAGGUGAUUUUUGUACCCACUUCAGAACAACAUUGUGAUAUUGGUCAGACCCACGUCUGCAGUUGAUCUGAAUGGGUCCAGAGCAGAGCAGAGCUGGGUGCUGGUUAGAGGGCCCCCCAGCUUUGAUCAGCUGGUGCUUCUUUCGUGGUUGGACUUAAUUCAGGGAUAUCAACAUUUCAGUGUUAUUUAACCAACUCACUGAAAAGCUGAUCAUGCAGGAUAACGUCAUACCGUGUCCAGCCUGACAGCAGCAGGAGCCUGAGUGUGCUGAGUUUCUGAAACCUGUGUCAGUGUUUGAGUAAUGUUGAGUAAAAACCACUAGAGGGAGCCAGUGUUAUAGAUAAAAAGAAAAAGCUCACCGUGUGGAAGGCAGCACCUUUGGUUUAGAACAUGUCCAUACAAUGUUUAGCUUGUUACGCUAAAUAAUUUCUAUUCAUAUUUAGAAACUACAAGCCACCUUUGUCCCUCAGUAUGACGACAGGCAAGCGUCAUGUUCAGUUCAGGUGACUGUUUCCUUUCUUCUAAACAGAUGUUUUACCAACACUGAGAGAAUCUAACAUGAGCUCAUUAAUCUCUCCAUCUUUGAAGGACAGUCGGGGCUCAAUUACGAGUGUCAGCCUUUUUUACUUGAUUAUUCAUAUAUUCAUAUUCAUAAAUAUGAAUACCUGGAAAAAAAUCUGAUAUUACAGAAAGAUCCAGAAAAUAUCUGAAAAUAUCAAAUGACAUACAAAACAAUAAAAAGGUGUUUACUGCAGUAAACUAUAUAACAAAAUAAUCACAUAAUUUCAACAUGAUUCCUCCGAAAUUCUGUUCUCAAAAGAAGCCAUUUUGUACAGAUGUUGUACAGAUGCAUUUCAUUUUUUUCUCUUUUAUAUCUGUAAGCUGUAAAUGUUAAUACUCAAAGGAAAUAAAGUCUUGAAAUAAAUAUAACUUUGGUGUAUUAAAAUGA